AGAAAAAUCUUCAAAAAGAAUUUUCAAUCCGUGGAGAACGACGGUGCAACACACGGCAAGUGAUGUCGCAUCGUGAAGGAGGAGGCGAUGCAACGCAGUCUUGUCACGUCACAGAGAUGUCGCACUACGAGGUUCUAAACGUAGCGCAGAACGCGUCUUUUGACGAAAUUCGCCGAGCUUACCAAGCGUUAGCCCUCCGCUUCCACCCAGACAAACGGUUAUCGCACCCAGCUCCAGAGGAACCGAACUCCAACGACAGCUUCAUCCGGAUCGACGAAGCGUGGAAAGUCCUGCGGGAUGACCAGGCCCGACGAGUGUACGAUGCCGAGCUGAUGCAGAGCACGUGCCGCGAGGAAUACUUUGUUAACGAGACGCUCACUAGGGCCGAGUUUCGGCAUGAGGAAGAGGAAGACUACUACUAUCACACGUGUCGCUGCGGAGGGUUGUACGUGCUGCCGGACGGACUUGGGCCGGACGAGAGUUGCUACAUCGGGUGUGACGAGUGUUCGUUGGUUGUGCAGGUAAAUGCUAAAUAGAAGUGUUUGUUUGAU